CGGCGUAGCGGCGAAAGCAAGAAAUCGUGGCAAGCAGACAUUCGGCCCUUAACGUUUUGUUGGCUACGAAACGUGACGUUUCAUGGGUUCCGAUGGUAGCAAUGUGGUGAGCCAGCCUUUCUGAAAUGCAUUUCUCGUGCAGUUUCAGGAAAUGUUAAUGCAGCCCUACGAAGCGUUUCAAGAAGUCCAAUGCCAACAGCAAAACUGCCGUCGUCUGAAGCGCCGUGCGUGUGCCGCAGUGUCGAGCUAAUCAGCCGUGUCCCCGCGUCUCGCAAGGUGGGAUCCAUUCAUUCAUUCGUUGACCGGCUGGAACUUCGAUAAAGGCGCCAUGUGCUAGCGACAAACAUGAAACUACAAGCGAAUGGCGCGCCAAAAAACGGCCAACCCCAGCAGCAUCCACCGCAUUACUACCCUGAACUGCCGACAGAGGUUGAGGAGCGACUAGAGAAGCUUUUCAGAAAGCUAGACGUCAACGAAGAUGGUCGAAUUGACAUCAAUGAUCUUACCACUGGCUUGCGCAAACUGGGACUACCGCAUUCACCUGGAAGUGUAGAGAAGUUUAUAACGGCAUCAGACACUGGAAAGGAUGGCACUGUGGAUUUUGCAGAGUUUGUGCACUACAUCAUAGAACACGAAAAGAAUUUGAUGGUGGUUUUUAAAAGCCUUGAUGCAAACAGUGAUGGCUCACUUGAUGCAAAUGAAAUCAGGACAUCAUUCCAGAAGCUUGGAAUUCAAAUUGAUUAUGAUGAAGCCAUGCGACUCCUAAAACGAAUGGACAAGGAUGGCUCAUUGACCAUUAACUUUGAAGAAUGGCGUGACUAUCUGCUCUUUCACCCUAGCUCAGAAAUUCAUGAUAUAAUUCAUCACUGGAGACAUGCUACAUUUGUAGAUCUUGGGGAAGACUCCUUGGUGCCAGACGACUUCACUGAGGAAGAGAUACACACGGGCAUGUGGUGGCGCCAUUUGGUUGCUGGAGGAGUUGCCGGUGCAGUGUCCCGAACAUGUACUGCCCCUCUAGACCGCCUCAAAGUCUUUCUCCAGGUUCGAGGUACCGAGUUCCAGUCUAUCCAACAGUGCUUACGGCACAUGUUGCAAGAAGGGGGCGUACAGUCCCUGUGGCGUGGCAAUGGCAUCAAUGUUAUCAAGAUAGCUCCUGAAAGCGCACUCAAGUUUCUUGCCUACGAAAAGGCAAAGCGGCUGAUCAAGGGCGACUCAAACCGUGAUCUGGGUAUCUUUGAACGUUUCUUUGCGGGUUCCCUUGCUGGGAGCAUCGCCCAAACAAGUAUCUACCCUAUGGAGGUGCUGAAAACCCGUUUGGCAUUACGCAAGACUGGCCAGUACAAGGGAAUAGUAGAUGCAGCCUGCCAAAUCUACCAGAAAGAAGGCUUCCGCAGCUUCUACAAGGGCUACCUACCAAACCUCCUUGGCAUCAUUCCCUACGCUGGCAUUGACCUUGCCAUCUAUGAGACACUCAAGAAGCUGUACCUACGCCGGCAUGACCUGACGGAUGAUCCUGGCAUCCUUGUGCUUCUAGGCUGUGGCACUGUGAGCAGCUCCUGUGGGCAAAUUGCCAGCUAUCCAUUGGCCCUUGUAAGGACCAGGUUGCAAGCACAAGAUGGAAAACACGAGCGGACCUCCAUGAUUGGACUCAUCAAAGGCAUCGUCCGCACUGAAGGCUUCAGUGGCCUUUAUCGUGGCAUCACUCCAAACUUCAUGAAAGUGGCUCCUGCUGUCAGCAUUAGCUAUGUUGUUUAUGAACACUCGCGUAGAGCCUUGGGUGUCACAAUGACAUGAGAACUUAUCUUUAUUUAGAAAUAUGUUGAAGCAUAUGGUAUCUUUUCAAUUUUGCUGUCAAUCUGCUUGGAGCAGAGUUGUCUGUGCUUAAAGUGCAGCUGUCUUACUAGCAAAAAGAGUAUGGUGCUUAUCAUGAAAGUUUUAUUUGAUUUGUACAAUGUGGCUUGUUAUCUAUUAAUCGCUGUGUGCUUGUUUCUUUAGAUCACCUAAUUCUUCAAAGCAAAGGGUGGCUUUUGUGGCAGUUGGAAAAUUCCAGCAUCAUAGUGCAUUGCUAAUGUUGCACCCAAAGUCAUGCAACUUUUGCCUGAACAGAGGGAGAGAGUCCCAUAUUGCUUUGGUGAGGCUUGCCCAUUAUUUAGGAAUAUUGUAAAGGGAACCACACAAGGGGGUUCAUAGUGAAGGUUCAUGCAGCCUUUGCAUAUAUACACAUAUUUCCAAUGUCACCUAUUACUAGGUAUGCAUUGAUGUACUCUUGUUGAACCGGUGAUUUUGAUUUUAACAAAGUGCCCUGUCUUGGCAAGCUUGUUAUUUAAUCUUAAAGCUAAGACUUGUGCAUAACAGCUUGAGAGCAACUGGUGACUAGCCGCCUCCAUCCUUUUUUAUUUCAUUUCUGUCACAUGCGAGGCUAAGCUUUGAUGCACAUCACUGUGAUAAUGUAAGGGUCUGCAUCCAAGCUUGAAUUAGUACAGUUGUUCAUGUUUUUUCGAGCUUUUGCAUCCUGCUGUCGAUGCAGGGCAAAUGUCUGCAGGUGAGAAAUAUGUAGUUUAGUUCUGUACAUACAAUCUUUAUUUUCUCUGUUCUAAUGAACUGUCAGAGAGAACUGCAAGCAGAUGUUGCAUGUCUAGGCAGUUGUACCCCAGGGUUCUAUAUUUCUCUAGAGAUUAUCAAAGUUAGUUUGGGCAUUUGCGAAGUAUGGUCAGUUUUUGAUGCUGCAGAAGCUAUAUUAUUUAUUUUUGAGCAGUGUACAGCCUUGCCUCAAGUGUGGACUGAAUAUUGCAAAUACCUAGACUAUGGCAAGACAUUGCCCUUUUCAUACUUUGCAAUGCCCGAGUGCACUUAACAUAAAAGUAUGCUCUUGCAUGGUAACAUGUCUCUGUAAGUAAGCAACUUUUUGAUGCUACAGCUGCGCUGCUGAAGUCACCUUUCAAUCUUGAAUGUUCUCUGUUAUUCAUUCCAGAACUGUCUCAGUGCUGCUACUAAGACGAAGAAAGUAAUUGUUGAUUUCCAAAAUUUGGAAACUGCACUGAUGUUUCUCUUCCACUUUGCAUGCACCUUCAUCAAGACAAUGCUUGGCUGUAUGAGCUCAUUUCCUUAACAGGCUUGUGACAUUCUGGCCAAGUGUUGCCAGUUCUAUGAACUAUGAACUUUCGUCAUUUUUCUAGACCACUGUACAUUUCAGCAAUGAAUAAAGGUACUUCAUUUCUCUUUUGAACAAAA